CUGUCAGGAAUCGUUUCGGAAGAAGUUACUACGGAUUACACCGUGACGCCGUUUCUAUUGUCUCGAUCUGAACUCAUCGAGAAGUCUUCGCGCAGCGUCACUGAAAAUUGGCUGUGCGCUUGCCACGUCUGGAACAGGGUUGUGUGCAUUGACGACAGCGCGUUCUAUAAGAGUGUUUGUCUCGAAAGCCUUCCUACAAUCCUUACUGAUUGCGUUCUGUGUGUCAGUCAGUUAUCGUCCGUCGAGAGAAAGAUGCUCAAGCAACUUGGCUUGAAGUGCGGCGCCAUUGUUCAGGAUUACUUGGUUCGGAAAACAAACUUGGAGAAGAAUCUGUUGGCGACCACUCACCUGAUACUGUUGAAGCCGGAGGGGGAGAAAUAUAUGGCAGCUGUCAAAUGGAACAUACCCUGUGUCACGCCAUCUUGGCUGGUCGAAACUGCUCUAGCCAAGCAGCGGAUCGAUCCACAGUUGUAUGCGGUUGUUGGUGGAAUCGAUGCGUCUACCGAGUCUGGAGCUGCGAUGGCUGCCGAUUCUUCAAGAACAUCUGGAAAGCGCAUUUCGACAACUCUGUCGAUGCGUGACGCUUCGACAUCGACCGCCAGCAGUAACGCGUCUUGGAGCAGAAGUUUCUUGGAUGCAGACAAAUCAUUUCAUCCGAAGUGGAACAUCAGCUUGUUGAAGAAUAAGGGUCGACGUAGCUCUAUUUCAGAAGAUCAGUUGGGUAACAAAAGGUUUCUAGUCUCAGAAGAGUAUGACGAGUUCAUUCACCGGCAGCUUUUGGGCGCUGUUAAAUGUACGGAAGAGGCCGAGGCUUGCUUCAGUACUCCCAGCACUGCGGCAGAUCAACGUCCUAACAUAGCCCAUGUUAAGAACAAGGCACCGUUUUCUCCUACGAAAUCUCUUGCCAAAAAGGCUGCGUUGGACAGCGUGGUCAUCGUCGUCAGCAGACGACUGGUGGAUCAGCAGACGAAGCUGCACAAAAUUGUGACGGACCUGGGCGGUGACUAUCGUUGGAAACUUGAUUCGUCGUGUACGCAUUUUGUGUAUCAGGGUAAAAUUCGAGACAGUGGCAAAGAAUAUCGAAUGGCCAAAGAACUCGCUUUGUGCAUCGUUCAUCCGGACUGGCUUUACGACGUAGAUUUCGAAAGCGUCGACCCCGGUGCCUACGGCUACCAGUGCCAUAACCAGUCUGACGAAAGAGAUCAGUUCGGUACUGGAUCUGCAAAGCAGAACCAGAACUUCGCCGUCGUGUGGUAUGUGUUUUGCCGUGGAAACUUUUAUGUUUGCUUUUAUGGCAGUUUGGGAACCCUACAGAUUUGCGAAUGAAG